GAAAAGCUUGGCUUUCCUGUCUAAGCUAGUGCAGUAUGUGACCAUUACGCGUGUUAUUUGAUUAUUUUAGUGUAUUAACAUGUUCACAUUGAAACACGCCGAAGUUUCUGGAUGUGCUCUAGCUCUGCCUUCGCUUUUCUGGAACAUUUCUAAGGAAAAUGGGAUACGCUGAAUGUAACGUUACAAUGGAAUCGAGAACAGGGAGUGUAUCAUCUGGUCUGGGGAGCAGCUGUGGAGUGAGAGGGCAGAAUUUACAAAGCAGUCCUUUCUGUCCUCGCUCCUCCAGCAAGUUAACGCAGUCCAUCAUCAAAGACCACAUGAUGUCUCAUUACAAAAAGGUUUACUCUGCUAAAGCUGCCAUUGACAAUUCUGUACCCAAAAGCAUGUUGCAAAGUGUGAAAUACAAUGACCAGAUCAGGCAGGAACGACUCAGGAAAGGGGGUCGUCCUCAGUCAGCCCACUCUUUCUUACAGAGGAGUAGCAGAACAUCCUGCUCCUCCAUCCAGAGUAGAUCAUCUGGACAGUAUGAUGAAAAUCCAUACCUCUGCUCGAGGAGCUCCAUUGUCUCCAGCCCGAAGUUCACUACCUCCUUUAACCCCAAGGACAUAGUUUAUCCAUCAUGUAAAGUCAGUUCCCAUCACCCUCGCCCAGCAUCAGAGAUGAAGUACCGCAGCCCUGGAGCAGCUUUGCAAAGAAAGCAGUCAGCAUGCUCACUGGCAGCUUUGAGAGAUCAGGGUUGCUACAAGAGCUUCCAGGACCCUGUCCAGAAGACAUAUAGUGGAGAUUUGCUCCAGAAACAUUCACAACACUUUACACAAGACAAACCAUUCACUCCCAAGACCCUGAAGUCAGAUAAGAGUUCAUACCUGUCAAAAUUUCGCUACUACAGGGCACCAAGAAGGAAACCUACUCAGGAUUGUAGCAGCUCAAUACUGAUGCGACAGGAAACAUAUCACGGAAGCACAACAAACAAAGAAGACGACACACAAGAACUUGAGCCAUCUCAGGAAUAUUCUACAGAGCAUAUGUGGUCUGACGAUGAGGUCAAUGGCACAUAUUUCUCACCAUCGAGAAAACAAAGUCAAAUGACCAAAAGAAAUAAACAUUAUUUCUUUGGUUCUUCAUCCAGGAUCUUACCAGAGGACGGGGAGUCUCCUAUUAUGAGACAUGUAUCUGCAGAGGAAGAAGAGUUAAUGUACCUUCAAUUCAUCUCUGCUGUAACAGAAGAUAUCUUGUCCAGGGGGCACAUCUCUGAAAGGGUCAUAAACCGAGUGAUGAAGAGGCACCUUGACAUGAAUCUGCAUCAGCUUGAUGAGGGUAAAAUGCGCCACCUUCUGGAAGUGUUGCGUAAAGAAUUUGAAAAGCCAACUAACACAUCCGCCUCUGAGCCUGAAAUAAAAGAAAACUGUCUUCUUGAUACAAUAUUUUCACAUCUGCAAUCUUCUGGGGAAAAAAGAGUGAAGCCCAAAGAAGACAAUGACCCAUUCUCUAAUGCGCCACUAAUUAGCAGCAAUUUGCCUGACUAUCCCGAUCCUUUCUUAGUUUCAGUGCCCGUAUGGUCUCCUGAAAGAACUACUUCAGUUAGCAUAAAUGAAAAAGACAACGACAGUGACAAUGAGGAAAACAGCAUGGUCUCUCCAUUAUUCACUGAGAAUGUUUUCAAAAAUGCAGAUAUUAAUCAGAGUGAUUUCCAUCAGGGAGAUACAACUACAAUAAAAGAGAUUUACAGUGAUGACAAGCACACCACUACAAACAGUGAUACAGAGACUGAUCAAGAACGCAUCCAUUUUGAUGGACAGUCUAAAGAGCUUGAGGAUCUGGGAAGAAGUUUGUCAGAGAUGUUACAUGUGUCAAGCAACACACACUCUGACAGUGAGGAAGCUGCCAUUGGGCAACACAUUAAUACAGUUGCAUCUGGCAGUGAUGAUGAGUUCUGAGUUUGCUGUAUUUUUUGUUUUGUUUUAAUACAUAUAUAUAUAUAU